CCCUCUCUCUCUGCCCCUCCCCCGUUCAUGCUCUGUCUCUCUCUGUCCCAAAAAUAAAUAAACGUUGAAAAAAAAUUAAAAAAAAAUGUAUGAAUUUUGGGACUACCAAGAGAAUGUAAAAUUCAACUCAUCUCAGUCUACUCAUGUACUGGGCAAAGCAACGGUGAAGCUGAUAUGGGAUGGUAGACCUCGUUCAAGGCUUGGUAAUGCCAGGACUGAAAAGUACCCAGAGCCUCCUUAGAAGAGUAUAAAAUAUUGACCAGAGGGAAAGAGAAUAGAAAGGAAGAAUCUAUGAGAUUCCUAAAAAAGAGGAAAAAGAAGGAAGUAGAGUCAGAUUAGAAGUGAAGUCAGAUUAGGGAAGAUAAUGAAUAUAAAGAGAGAUUUGGAAGUUAGAAGAUUUGAGAGUCAUCACAUGUAGAGUUCUAGAAGAAAUCUAGCAUCUAACUCUCCUCCCUAGCUUCCAGAUGCUGCACAGUCAUGGAAAACCAAUCCAGCAUCUCUGAGUUUUUCCCACAAGGAAUAUCCAAGUUACCAGAGCAAAAGCAGUUCCUCUUUGGAAUUUUCCUGUGUAUGUAUCUUGUCACUUUAACUGGGAACAUGCUCAUCUUCCUGGCCAUCAGAUCAGACCCACACCCCCACACCUCCACGUACUUCUUUCUGACCAACCUGUCUUUUGUCGACAUAGGUUUAACAUCUUCCACAGUUACCAAGAUGCUGGUAAAUGUGCAGACUCAACAUCACACCAUUUCCUAUGCUGGUUGCCUCACACAAAUGUAUUUGAUGUUUGGCGAUCUGGAGAGCUUCUUCCUGGCUGUAAUGGUGUAUGACCAUUAUGUGGCCAUUUGCCGCCCUCUCCACUACUCCACAGUCAUGAGCCCCCAAGUCUGUGCCCUGCUGCUUGCAUUGUGCUGGGUCCUCACCCACACUGUUGCCCUGACUCACUGUGCCCUCCUCAUAGCUUGGCUGUCCUUCUCUGUUGCUGGGGAAAUAGCUCACUUUUUCUGUGACAUAACUCCUAUCCUGAAGCUGUCAUGUUCCGACACUCACAUCAGCAUGUUGAUGGUUUUUGCCAUAGGAGGCACAGUACUCGUUGUCCCCUUUAUCUGCAUUAUCAUCUCCUACAUCCACAUUAUAUUGGCCUUCCUAAGGGUCCAAACUCCUGGUGCAGAAGGCAAGGCCUUUUCCACCUGUAGUUCCCAUCUCUGUGUCAUCUGUGUGUUCUAUGGGACGCUCUUCAGUGCCUACUUGUGCCCUGCCUCUGUUGCUUCUGAAGAGAAGGACAUGGCAGCAGCUGCAAGUGUACACUGUGGUGACCCCCAUGCUGAGCCCCUUUAUCUAUGGACUGAGGAACAAGGACAUGAAGGCAUCUUGGGGACGGUGACAGAUGAGAAGGAGACAUCUGUGAGGGCCAAGUGGCUGAGGAAGAAGUACAUAGGGGUGUGGAGGCGAGAGUCCAGCCUGAUGAGCAGGAUGAUGAGCAGGUUCCCCAGCACCGUGGUCAGGUACAUGCCCAGGAAUAGGGUGAAGAACAUGCCCUGCUGCUCUGGCCGGAUGGGGAGCCCCAGGAGGAGGAACUCGGACACGCUGCUCUGGUUCUUAGGCCUCAUGUUCACCUUCUUCUGCUCGGGAUGUACCAGUAUGAGGAGGGAGAACCAGAGCAGCGUGUCCGAGUUUCUCCUCCUGGGGCUCCCCAUCCGGCCAGAGCAACAGGCCAUGUUCUUUGCCCUGUUCCUGGGCAUGUACCUGACCACGGUGCUGGGGAACCUGCUCAUCAUCCUGCUCAUCAGGCUGGACUCUCGCCUCCACACCCCCAUGUACUUCUUCCUCAGCCACUUGGCCUUCACUGAUGUUUCCUUUUCAUCUGUCACUGUCCCAAAGAUGCUGAUGAACAUGCAUGCUAAGUACAAAUCCAUCUCCUAUGAAGGAUGCAUUUCACAGACAUAUUUCUUCAUAUUUUGCGCUGAUUUAGACAGUUUCUUGAUCACUUCAAUGGCCUAUGACAGGUAUGUGGCCAUCUGUCACCCUCUGCAUUAUACCAUCGUCAUGAGUCAGAGCAUCUGUGUCAUGCUAGUGGCUGGAUCCUGGGUCAUUGCUUGUGCUUGUGCUCUUUUGCAUACCCUUCUCCUAGCCCAGCUGUCCUUCUGUGCUGACCACACCGUCCCCCACUUCUUCUGUGACCUUGCUGCCUUGCUCAAAUUGUCUUGCUCAGACACUUCCCUCAACCAAUUGGUGAUCUUUACUGCAGGAUUAACAGCCAUUAUGCUUCCAUUCUUAUGCAUUGUGGUUUCUUACGGCCAUAUUGGGGCCACCAUCCUCCGGGUUCCUUCUACCAAGGGCAUCUGCAAAGCCUUGUCCACUUGUGGAUCACAUCUCUCAGUAGUGACUCUCUAUUAUGGGGCAAUUAUUGGCCUAUAUUUUCUUCCCUCAUCCAACAACACCAAUAACAAAAACCUAAUUGCUUCCUUGAUGUACACAGUGGUCACCCCCAUGUUGAACCCUUUCAUUUACAGCCUGAGAAAUAAAGACAUGAAAGGGGCCUUGAGAAAACUCUUGAGUAAUAAAACAUAUUCUUCCACCUGAUACUUACUUUUCUUUUAAAAUAUACAUAUUAUCUUAUUUCUUCAAUUACACAUAAACACAAAUUAUUGUAAAUAUAGCUCUCCUGUCUUCCUUCCACACUGUCACUGAGAAAUGCUUUGCUGACAUUAUCCUUACAUCUGUUGGGGAGAAUAGUAAAAUUAGAUGUACUUUAUAGGACUUACUUUGUUCUUUUCUUCGAUGAUGGGAUUGGAAAAUACUUUGAAGAUGCUGUAUCUCUUUGGCUGGUAUCAUCAAAUGGGAGCUAUCAGAGCUGGACUUUCCUCAGAUUUUCAGAUUAUUAUAAAAUAUAUUUGGUCUUUUAUGCAUCAAUUUCUAAGGAAUUUUCCAUUUUGGUGAUGAUAUGUCUCCUUCUUCACUCAGACAUCGGGCAUUCAGGGACCUUGAGCCCUUCUAGAACUUCCAAGAAGAACAUAGUAAAUUUUACUUUUCUUACAUAGUAAUUAACACACUGCUUGCUUGUCCUUCAGGAAUACAGACCACAUAUUCUUUCUUUCCAAACACACACAGGUAUUCAGCAACAAAAUAAAUGUCACCUCAGUUGUCUCAGAUACUGGUUUAAGAGCCUAAUCUAUGCAUUAGGGUCAUCUAAUUUAAUUCUGACAACAACCCUAAGAGAUAUUUUGAGAAAACUCAUGCUCAAAGAGAUACUUUGAACAGAUGAACAUAAGGGAAGGGAAGCAAAAAUAAUAUAAAAAAACAGGGAGGGGACAAAACAUGAGAGACUCUUAAAUAUGGAGAACA